GUUGUGUGAACAUUACGCGCGUGUAACGCUGCCGUUGAUAAUUUAAAAAUAACUUCGCGGAGUCAUGAAAGAUCUGUAAAGAUUUUUGUGUGAAUAAACAGAUCGACUACAUUCAGUUCAAUGGGUGCCUCAAAGCGUUGUAUCAUUCUGUUGACUGUGUUACUGGCGUACGUCUCAGCCCAGGAGGUGGUGCGGAGAGUCCCUCAAGGGUUCCUAGGCAUGAGGGGCAAGAAGUACUUCGAGGUCGGUGGACCUGAUCAGUUGUAUAAACGAAAACCACAAUUCUUCGUCGGAGUCAAGGGAAAGAAAGGUCUGUAUGAUGACGCCGAGUACAAGCGAGUCCCGAUGGGCUUCGUGGGUAUGAGAGGAAAAAAGACUUUGAUGUCUGACUUUAUGAACUACCCAGAAAGUUUUGAAUACGUUCCAAAACGAUCGGGGUCACUAAUCGGGCAGAUAGAUUACUCCACCGAUGACAACAUACCUGAAUAUCCUGUUCUUAACGAGGUUAUAGAGGAGUAUCUUCAGAAACUCCGCGAUGAAAACACUGAGGUCCCCGCGGAGACCUCGGAUGGAGAUGACUCAGGCCUAUUCACUAACGAGGUGGGAAAACGAGCGAAUAUUCACAAAUUCUUCGGGGUCCGCGGCAAAAAGUCGGGGCAAGAUAAAAGGCCGUAUGACGUGUCGUUCCGAGGGAAAUUUAUAGGCGUGCGUGGGAAGAAGGACCUGAAAAACAGUGGACAGGAACCGUUUGAAGCUAACGAGCCCUGGACGAAGAGGAGACAGACGGGAUUCAUGGGAGUUCGCGGCAAAAAGUGGGCUGAUGACAUUAUAGAUUCGGAGCCGACCAGUGAUAUGAACGUAACGAAUUAACUUCGCGUUUUUAAAUCCUGUAAUGAAAGUUAACACUGAAACAUAUCGUAGCGAGUGUCGCAGCUCUUUCCCCUGUCAUAACAUAAGGCUUAUCAUAGCGUCCGUUCUAGAGAUCUAUAAUUCUAGUCACGCGUUUAUUUUAAGUGAUUUAUCUUAAUAAUGUUAAAGUAGGUGCAGAUCAUAUUUAAUUGACAUAGUCAAGCAAUACUACCGUAUUAUAUGUCUAUAUUUUCCUAUAUGUAGUCCAUUUAUAAGCGAUCUUCGUAGUUUAAAUCCUAUUUCCGGUUUCUGAUCCAUUAUUUGAGAGCAGUUAUUAAUGGCCGUUCCGAUCUCUCUAACAUGUUCCGUAUCCUAACGUUAUAUCCACUUGUUAUAGUCUGUUGUUGCUGUCGGUGAAUCAUUGAAGGUUUUUUUCAUCUCGCGGAGGCUGGCGAUGUGCUUAUAUAAUUGUAAUUAAUAAAGUCGGUUGUCAAUUU